CUCCAGGAUUGGUGGAACGGCAUUUGCUUCGAUGGGGAUGGGUCCCAAGACGUAUCGAUUCCUCAACGCCAACCAAGUCAAGCGACUUUAUGCCACUUUUAUAGCCAAUGGCUUGCCAACUCAAACAGAACUACUAGAGUCAGCAGUCGCAUCGCCGAUAAACAUUAAACACUAUACCGGUCAGCAAGAUCUUUUCGCACUCGCAGGGGACUUUUCUGAGAAGAUUAUGAAGAACCAUGCCUUUCAGGAUGGCAACAAAAGGAUAGCCCUUGUUGCAGCGGACAUGUUAUUGAAGAUUAAUGGAUACCGGCUCCAGCGAAUUCCACUCAGCGGCGGCAAUAAUAAGGAACUUGAACAGGCUCACGUCAAGGUUGUCACAAAUGAGUGGUCGGCAGAAGAAUUAGGAAAACUCUACGCAAGGGUUGCGAUCCCCCUUGGGCCUAGGACAUAAUGGUAUUUUCACAAUAAAGCCGCAGAGCAUUACGAAUGCAUGAGGACACCACGAGUAAACUUCAAGUCCUAAGUCAAGAGCCAUAGGUGAUGAGGGGAUUCUGCGCAUACCCGUAACCUCGACAGACUACAUAUCCUUGAGGUUAUCUAACACCGGCUUCAUUUCGCGCCACGUCUCUUGAGACUCUUUUGCAAAUUCAGCUGGUGAAAAGUAAGCAACUAAAAACCACUGUCUGUUAAAU